UAUUAUUAUUAUUAUUAUUAUUAUUAUUAUUUUGAUACAUUUAUUAUAAUACAUUUUUCUUCUUUUUAUUUAUUACAAUUUCCAUCUCGAAUAAAAUAAUUCAUAUAAAUUCAUAUUUCUUUUAUAAUGUCGGGGAAUCAACUUAUUCGUGAAUACAAACUGGUGGUUGUUGGCGGCGGUGGAGUGGGUAAAUCUGCGUUGACGAUUCAAUUUAUCCAAGCGCACUUUGUUGACGAGUAUGACCCGACCAUUGAGGACUCGUACCGUAAGCAGUGCACGAUUGAUAAUGAGACGGCAAUGCUUGAUGUGCUGGACACGGCUGGGCAGGAGGAGUACAGUGCUAUGCGUGAGCAGUACAUGCGGACAGGCGAGGGAUUCUUGCUUGUGUACAGCAUUACGUCUCGGAACUCCUUCGAGGAGAUGCCGACGUUCCAGCAGCAGAUUCUGCGGGUGAAGGACCGCGACUACUUCCCAAUGAUUGUGUGCGGCAACAAGGCGGAUCUGGAGAGCGAGCGGCAGGUGUCGACGCAGGAGGGCCAGGAUAUUGCACGGGCCUUUGGCUGUCCGUUCCAUGAGACUUCGGCCAAGACCAAGACGAACGUCAAGGAGGCCUUCUACACGCUGGUGCAGGAGAUCCGCCGCUACAAUAAGGAGUUUGCCACGGUGCCGACCAACGCCAAGGGUGCUGGUGGCCAGCAGCCUGGGUACGGGUCGCCCGAGGACGGAGCUGCUGGCUGUGGAUGCAUUAUCCUGUAAAAAAAGCGCAAGUUUUGAACUCUCUCCCUCCCCCCCUUCGGCUUUUUUUUCCUUAAUACUUUCUUUCUUUUUCUC